AUGUUCUCCUCUGAUAAUCCGAGCUUUUUAGUGCUCCGACCAUACUCUUGGUCCCAUAGCGGUCUACACCAUGAAGGCGACACAGUUUCCGUAACAUCGUCGGAAGCAAGGGCAUCAGUAGGAUCCGUGGGAUCAGUGGAAGCAACAGGAUCAGUUGACUCAGAUAACUCCCCCUCUACACCCGCCUCGGACAUCGGAGACCUUCCCAAGUCAAUCGAUGUUGGCGCAUCGGCAAAUUCCGAUGACAGCAGCAGCAACAAUAUUGAAGUGGUUAAAAUUGUUGUUUUCAUUAUUGAUUCAUAA